AUGUCACCCCAAGGCGAUGGAAACCUCUCAGGGAUGCCUCUUCAGGAGUUCGUGCUGGAUGGAUUUGCGGGUGGCCCACAGACCCAGGCCCUGCUCUUCACCCUGUUCCUGGCCCUGUACAUGGUGGCCAUCCUGGGGAACCUCACCAUGAUCAUGGUCAUCACCCUGGAUGCCCGUCUGCACUCCCCAAUGUACUUCUUCCUCAAGAACCUCUCCUUCCUGGACUUGUGUUACUCAUCUGUCAUCGCCCCCAAGGCCCUGGCUGACUUCCUGUCAAGUUUAUCCUCCAAGUUUAUCACUUUUGAGGGAUGUAUCAUUCAAUUUUUCUUUUUCUCCCUACUGGGCACCACUGAGGCAUUCCUCCUGGCUGUGAUGGCCUAUGACCGCUUCGUGGCCAUCUGCAGCCCCCUGCGCUACCCCAUCUCCAUGCGCCCCUCAGUCUGUGCCCGCCUGGUGCUGGGCUCCUACGGUGGGGGCUGCCUCAACUCCAUCCUGCAGACCAGCUUCACAUUCAGCCUCCCGUUCUGCAGCUCCAAUCACAUCGACCACUUCUUCUGUGAUGUGCUGCCUCUGCUCAAGCUUGCCUGUGCUGAGACUACCAUCAAUGAGCUGGUCAUGUUUGCCAUCUGUGGCCUCAUCAUCGUGGGCACCACACUCGUGGUCCUCAUCUCCUACAGCUACAUCACAGGGACCAUCCUGAGGAUGCGCUCAGGAGGAGGGAGACACAAGCUCUUCUCCACCUGUGGCUCCCACAUGACAGCCGUGUCCCUCUUUUAUGGGACUGUCUUUGUCAUGUAUGCCCAGCCAGGAGCUGUGGAGUCCAUGGAGCAGGGCAAGGUGGUCUCUGUCUUCUACACCCUGGUCAUCCCGAUGCUCAACCCCCUCAUCUACAGUCUGAGAAACAAGGAUGUGAAGGAUGCCCUGUGGAGACUGGGGCAGAAACACACAGCCAUGUGGAUGAUGGCCAGAGAGACAGGGUCUUGA